AUGGUGAAAUGCUACCAGCCCAACGCGUCAGGAAAAGCACAAGGGACUGACGCCUCCUCUGAUGUUACGUGGAUAAAGGCUUGCCAUGGGUGUACAUCUCUAACCAAAUGUGAUUGCAGUGGAGUUAAAGGAGAAAAGGGUGAAAGGGGAUUCCCAGGCUUGGAAGGACAGCCAGGUCUGCCUGGGUUCCCAGGCCCAGAAGGGCCUCCUGGUCCCAGAGGUGCAAAGGGUGAUGAUGGACUUCCAGGACCUAUUGGCCCCAAAGGAGUCAGAGGACCACCAGGGCUUCCAGGAUUUCCAGGAACACCAGGACUUCCUGGUUUACCAGGACAAGAUGGGCCACCAGGACCUCAGGGGAUCCCAGGCUGCAAUGGAACAAAGGGAGAACGUGGGUUCCCAGGCAGUCCAGGUUUUCCAGGUUUACAAGGGCCUCCUGGACCCCCUGGUCUGCCAGGUAUGAAGGGCGAAGCAGGUGAAAUAAUUACAUCCUUGCUGCCAGGACAUAAGGGUGACCAAGGAUUUCCAGGUCUUCCAGGGAUACCUGGUCCACCUGGUCCCAUAGGAAUACCAGGUCCAGUUGGUCCUCCAGGGCCUCCAGGUUUGACAGGACCUCCUGGUCCACCAGGGCUACCAGGACCUAAGGGUAAUAUGGGCUUGAAUUUCCAAGGACCUAAAGGUGAAAAAGGUGAACAAGGUCUUCAAGGACCUCCAGGGCCACCAGGACAAAUUGGAGAACAGAAGAGACCAAAUGACAUUGAGUUUCAGAAAGGAGAUCAGGGUAUUCCAGGUGAUCCAGGCCCACCAGGACUUCCGGGGCCACAAGGCCCUCCUGGUCUUCCCGGUGGCAUAAAGGGUGAAAAAGGUGAGCAAGGAGAACCAGGCAAAAGAGGAAAGCCGGGCAAAGAUGGAGAACCUGGUCAGCCUGGUAGGGAUGGUUUACCUGGUGGACCUGGAGUAAAUGGUGUUCCAGGAAGAGAUGGUGAAAAGGGUGAAAAAGGUGACAUUGGUCUUCCCGGUCCUCCUGGAAGUGUCAUUACAAGACCAGGCAUUGAUGCAGCAGUGGGACCAAAAGGUAGCAAAGGAUUGCCAGGACUCCCAGGAGCCAAAGGGGAACGUGGAUUCUCUGGUAGGCCAGGCCCACCUGGCUUGCCAGGUUCUCCAGGGAUCACUACUGUUGGACCUCCUGGCCCACCUGGCUUACCUGGUGAGAGAGGGCAGAAGGGAGAUCCAGGUUUACCUGGUGUUUCCAUUCCUGGACAACCAGGACUUGAUGGACCACGGGGACCUCCAGGACCUCCAGGUCCUCCAGGACCACCUGCACCGUCUGUUCCUCCUGGUGACGGGUUAUGUGAGCGGGGUCCACCAGGUCCUCCAGGAAUUCCAGGGCAACAAGGCUUUGCUGGAGAGAGAGGCCAAAAAGGUGACCAAGGAGACACAUGCUUCAAUUGUAUAGGAACUGGAAUAUCUGGGCCUCCUGGUGAGAGAGGACCACCAGGACCUCCAGGUAGUCCAGGUUCUCCUGGUUUUCCUGGGCCGAAAGGUGAAAAGGGGCUUCCAGGCUUAACUGGCCUUGUAGGGCCACCAGGAUUCCCAGGGCCACCAGGUGCUCCUGGGAGACCUGGUCCUAAAGGAGACCCCGGGGAUGUCUUGGCUUCACCAAGAAUGAAAGGUGACAAAGGAGAUCCUGGCUUCCCUGGACCUCCAGGUCUUCCUGGAAUAGAUGGCACUCCUGGACGAGAUGGAUUGCCGGGUCUACCUGGCCCUAAAGGGGAACCUGGCAGUGUUGCAUUCAAAGGAGAAAUGGGAAUUCCAGGUGACCCAGGAGUACCAGGUCUUCCUGGAGACAAAGGGCUUCCUGGACCUCCUGGUUUCGGUCCACAAGGUUCACCUGGUGAAAAGGGCAUUCAAGGGGUAUCAGGUCGUCCAGGGCCUCCUGGAGUUCCUGGUCCGAAAGGUGACCCUGGUCAGACUAUUACAGAACCAGGAGUUCCUGGUCCCCCUGGUCCUCCAGGAAGAAAUGGUGACCCAGGUCUUCCAGGGGAUCCUGGCCAGCCAGGUCAGCGUGGCUUAUCAGGCAUCCCAGGUGCAAAGGGAGAGCCAGGUAUUCCUGGCAUUGGACUUCCAGGUCCACCAGGCCCAAAAGGUUUCCCAGGGACUCCAGGCCCACCUGGAGCUCCAGGAACUCCAGGUCGCCCUGGCCUAGAUGGACCUCCAGGACCACCUGGUUUCCCAGGCCAGAAGGGGGAUCGUGGAUUUGGAGUUCCAGGACCACCUGGACCCCCAGGACCACCAGGCAUAAAAGGAGUUCAAGGACCUAAAGGUGAUCCUGGCUUUCCAGGAAGUCCUGGACUUCCAGGACGAGCGGGUUUUGAUGGAACUCCAGGACCAAAAGGUGACCCUGGACCAAGUGGACCACCAGGACUUCCAGGCCCACCAGGCAUCCCUGGCAUUGGAGGCCAAGGGCCACCUGGACCUCCAGGACCACCAGGUCCUGUUGGUCCACCAGGUAAAAUGCAUAUGAAUUGUACUGGCCAAAAUUUGAUUUUGUGUGAUAGUCAUAUUCUGCAAAAUGCCAGCUUUGACAAAUGCAGAAUUACCAGUGGAGCUGAUGGUGAUCUUGGUUUGCCUGGAUAUCCAGGUAGUCCAGGCAGUAAAGGUGUAGCUGGAAAUCCUGGUUUGCCUGGAUUGCCUGGCAGUCCAGGUGCAAAAGGAGAGCCAGGCCUUCCUGGAUUCCCAGGAACACCAGGAAUUCCUGGACCAAAAGGUAUCGAAGGGCCUCCAGGUAAUCCUGGUCUGCCUGGACCACCUGGGCCAGUAGGUGAUACUGGUCGCCCUGGCCCUCCUGGUCCUCCUGGGGAGAAGGGACAGCCUGGUCGAGAUGGCAUCCCUGGACCAGCUGGUCAGAAGGGCGAACCAGGUCUGCCAGGUUUUGGGCGCCCAGGACCUCCGGGACUUCCAGGAUUAUCAGGGCAAAAAGGUGAACUGGGGUUACCUGGCCCACCAGGACCGCCUGGACUUCCAGGUCUGAAGGGAGAACCAGGUUUCCAAGGAUUCCCUGGCCUACAGGGUCCACCAGGUCCACCAGGAUUACCAGGGCCACCUCUAGAAGGUCCUAAAGGUAGCCCUGGCCCACCAGGUGUUCCAGGAAGACCAGGUCCCUCAGGUCCUCCAGGUUCACCGGGCCCAGAAGGUCCACGAGGGCCACCAGGCAGUGGGGGACUCAAAGGGGAAAAAGGGAAUCCAGGACAGCCUGGCCAGCCUGGCCUGACUGGUCAAAAGGGAGACCAAGGACCACCUGGACGCCAGGGAGAUCCUGGUCGUCCUGGUCUCAAUGGAAUGAAGGGUGACCCCGGGGUUCCAGGCGUUCCGGGAUUCCCAGGUAUGAAGGGUCCCACUGGACCUGCAGGACCUGCUGGCCUCAUGGGCAGUCAAGGGCUGCCAGGCCCACCAGGUCCACCAGGUUUACCAGGUACCAUUGGACGAAGCAUUGUUGUCAAAGGUGACCCUGGUCCUCCAGGGCCUCCAGGAUUGCCUGGGUCAAAAGGGCCACCUGGACUGGCAGGGCCACAGGGAUUGCCAGGUCCAGUUGGUGUUCCUGGUGAUCCAGGGCGAGAUGGACUCCCUGGUUUUGAUGGCCCAGCAGGACGUAAAGGAGAGAGAGGUCUUCCAGGCCAACCAGGUUCACGAGGAAUACAGGGACCCCCUGGUCCUGAUGGCUUACAAGGCCCACCUGGGCCUCCUGGAACAGCUUCUGUUGCUCAUGGAUUCCUUAUAACUCGUCACAGCCAGACUAGGGAUACACCACUAUGUCCACAAGGAACUUCAAGAAUAUAUGAUGGAUUCUCACUUUUGUAUGUGCAAGGAAAUGAGAGAGCACAUGGCCAGGACUUGGGUACUGCUGGGAGCUGUCUUAGACGUUUUAGCACCAUGCCUUUCAUGUUCUGCAACAUCAACAACGUUUGUAAUUUUGCAUCAAGGAACGACUAUUCCUACUGGCUGUCAACUCCAGAGCCAAUGCCGAUGAGCAUGGAGCCACUGACUGGGCAGAACAUUCAGCCAUUCAUUAGCAGAUGUGUUGUGUGUGAAGCUCCUGCUAUGGUGAUAGCUGUCCACAGUCAGACCAUUCAGAUUCCUUCGUGUCCUCCAGGCUGGGACUCCCUAUGGAUCGGUUACUCUUUCAUGAUGCACACCAGUGCUGGAGCAGAGGGCUCUGGGCAGGCCUUGGCAUCACCUGGAUCCUGUUUAGAAGAAUUCCGCUCAGCUCCAUUUAUUGAGUGUCAUGGUCGUGGCACUUGUAACUACUAUGCCAAUUCAUAUAGUUUCUGGCUGGCAACUGUAGAGGUGUCAGAAAUGUUCAGUAAACCUCAGUCAGAGACACUGAAAGCUGGAGACUUGAGGACGCGUAUUAGUCGCUGCCAAGUUUGCAUGAAGAAGACGUAACGUCUUGAAGGAUGUUUUAAAACAGUUGAAAAUUCCUGAGAUGCACUGUCCUCCAGCUGUAACAAUGGUGCUACUGUGCAGAAAGAAAAUAAAAAACAAAUCCAAACUGUUUUAACCAUGCAAAUUCAAGUGUACCUCACUCGUGCCAAGCUAAGGGUUGUUUGGUACAUAUUUGACAACAGGACUAAGAUGAAAUGGAAGAAUUGACCUCCUGGAAAUGGUAAAGACACCUGUGGUUCACAAAGGAUCCGAAGAUGAAAUUUUCAUUUCUCUCCCUGUACCAAAAUGGCACCUUCUUGAUCAGUCAAGAGAAUAAAGAAAAACACAACGCACUGACUAUGUUGAAAGUAACAAGACUGCAGUUUUGAAAAACAUUUUUCAUGGUGCUACUAACCCUACUGUAUCCCAGGUUUUUAAUAUGAAAUUUUAAGCUUAUUUCUCUGUAAGUAAUGAAAUGUGUAUAUUGUGUAAACACAUUUUUAGCUGAAACUUUCAGUCAUAUAGAAACAAAUCAGACUCAGAUAUAAAAAUGCUUAUGUCUAAAAUUAAAAUAUACAGCAGUAUUUUAUUACAAAAAUUGCGGUACAGAGAGAAUUUACAACUCUUACACCAAUUUAUUCAUUUGACAUUUCAUUUCCUUAUUUGCCAACCUGUCAUAUAUGGGGAAAUGCACAAUUAUUCUGAAGUCAUUUUGAUCAGGGUUUUAAAUGUUGAUACCGUAUACCAUGCUACCAGUGGUUUUAUUUGUGUUUAGAGAUCCCAAUCCACUUGAAAAGUUUGUUGGUUUAUUUUGUAUCUUGUGAAGAUAUGUGAAAUGAUCAGCCAUAUGCCUAUAUCCUUCUAUUCUGAAUAGAAGUCACAUUCACAUAUUAGUAGUAUUUGGUAUAGUUCAACAAAAGCUGCUCCUUGGGAAUAUCCAGUUAUCAAAGCAUUUAAGAUUAUGCUUACGUGAAACCUCUCUUUACUCUGAAGUGAAGUCAUACAUAUUAUCCAAAAUAGUGUACAUGCUAAGAAACACUAAAAUAAAGUGUAAACUGGUGGAAACUGAUCUUAUCCUAUUUACCAUUUAAUCUUUUUGAUCUUAUGUGAAUUUAUAAGCAUCCACAAUGUAUUUACAAUAUAUAGCAACUCCUGUGUAUGUACAGUUCACAUAAGGCCUUUGAAGAUGGUGCAUGCAGUUCCUUCUUUCUAUGUCAUUUUGUAAGAAUCCUACUGUGUAUGUCUUAGUGUGUCACUGUGCAAUAGCUGAAAAGUGAUCACUUUCUGUAUGCAAAACUGCCCAUGAUUGUUCUGCUUUUAUGGUCAGUGCUGCUUCACUUACACUAAUGUAUGCACAGAGCUCCCCGGCCAAA